GCGCAGUGGGCAGGCUCACUCUGAACCAGUUGGAGCUGCAGCAGCUGCUGUAGAAACACAUGCGAGGAAAAGUUGAGUGCAGGAUCUGCCGCUGCCUUUAUGAAAUCUAAACCUGGAGUCAGUUGGAGAAGAGAUGGUGUUCAGCGGCCGAGAGGAUGAGGAGGAGGACGGAGAAGGGGGUAGAAGUCAGGAGCAGUCAGAAACGGCUGCGCAGGCGGAGGAAUGGGAAGUCUGCAGUGUCUGCAGAACCACCCUGAACUCCAGCGCUGCCCCUCAACUCCUGCCCUGCCUUCACCCGGUCUGUAAACAGUGCGUUACACAGAGCGGAGACAACCAGAACAGCACAGAGUGCCCAGUUUGUGGCCAAACCUUCAGCCUGUCAGAAGUUUCGGAUUGCUUCAUUUUUGAGGACUCUGCUCCUAAGUGUGGAGGGUGUGAGGACUCUGCAGUCAGUGGAUGGUGUGAGCAGUGUGAAGAGGCUCUGUGUUCAGACUGUGUAUUGGCCCACCAGCGAGUGAAGUUGACACGCAACCAUUCGGUCAUCACUGAGAAACCUCCAUCAGGUUUUACGGGCAGCUUGCACUGUUCUUCUCACAAACAGGAACGCCUCAAGUUUUUCUGUGUUGCCUGUGAUGAGCUCACCUGUAGAGACUGCCAGCUGAUGGACCACAGAGGCCACAGUUUCCUGUUGCUGGAGGAAGCUCUGGUGUCUCAGAAAGAGCAGCUGCAGAAGCUGAUGCACGUUAUCAGAGAGAAGAGUGGAACUGUAAAUGCCAGCCUUACAGAUAUGGAUGCAAGGAUGAAAAACACAAUACAAUGUAAAGCUCUGGCAAAGAAGAAACUGGCUAAUUUGGUACAAAACCUCCAGGUGGUGAUCUUUUUUAGAGGUCGUCAGCUGUUAAAGGAAAUGGAGAGUUUGUAUGACCAAGAACUCACAAAUCUAAUGAAAGAGAAGACUACUCUCAAAAGUCUGGAGAACAGACAGUUGUACAUCACUUCCUUCAUUCAGAAAAUACUGAGCACAGAGGGCCAGUGCAUUCUGCUGCACAAAAAACAGAUUGUAAAACGAGCGGAGGGGCUUUUGUCACAGAAGACCACCAACCUGUGUGAAAGUACACUUCAGCUUACCCUCCAGAUCCAACAAGAAAUCAGCCAGAUUUGUAAAACCUUUGGUUCAAUUAAAGCAGUCAGAAUUCCUCAUACUGUUGUUAUAAAACCCACGAACGACCAUGAUCCUAAUGGUGCAGCCAAAGAAUACAACUCCUCUGUGAAUUUAAACAACCUGUCUGUUGAAACCCCUCAGUCAUUACCUCACGCAGGGUCAGAGAGUGUUCCAGACCAGCCUCAGUCUGAACAGACUCUGCCAGUCCCCACUUCCUUAAAUUCAGCGCAGCUCUCUUUUAAAGCUGCUAUCGUGAGCCAUGCUAGUGCUUCCUCUAUGUCCCCUCUCAAUGCUCCUGUCCAACCCCCUCAGAGCUCAAAUACUGCUGACUCCGUACCUGUGCAGGUGACCCCAGUUUUGCCUCAGCCUGUCUCGACGCACUCCAUCUGCCCCCAACCCACUCAGUCUAAGAGAGUUAACAGAAGCCUUUCCCAUCCUCAGCCUCAAACUCGCACUCAAUUUUCUGUACAAGGCCAGAUUGUUUCAAACAGUAUUAUUGGAUUGAAUCAUAACCAGAGAAUGGCAAAUUCUAGUUCUGCUCAACCAACACCUCAGCUUCUACCUCAACCAGUACCUCAGACUGGUAAUAUCCCUGUUUCAGCACCUCAUCUGAACUUUAAGUCCUCUAUGUCCCAACUCUCGACCUCCAUCAUCUACCCUUCUUCACGCCAGACUGCCUUAUCCCAGUCUUCUAGCACUGUUGGCACAAUUGUGGCCCAGUCCCGCUCUGUCGUACUUCAUCCUUCUGGGCCUGUGGGUCAUCAGUCUCCUUCCAGUGUAGUUCUGUCUGCUCCGUCUGUCCAGCCGAAUACAUUACCUUCAGGCCAAAUGCAGCAAAGUUUCCCUGUGUCUCAGUUUGUUUCUGUUCAGUCCGCUCCAAAUCAGUGUUUGAACUCUAAUCACCUUUUACAGGCUGCCUCCACUAGUGACCCCAUGCCUGUCUAUCAGGGCAUCUCUACUGCUCAGACUGUUUUUUUGCAACCUGCUCAGCCUGGCCUUGUCCAGUCCAAUCCUCUUCUCUUCACUCUUCUCAAAAACAACGAACCUAUGCAGCAGUUUGCUACUGUUUCCACUGUAAACCAGACCCCCAUUCUUACCUACGCACCACAGCCAAGUCUUCUCAUCACAGCACCACCCAGUGUGCCUCCAGUAGCAGUCAAUGUGGCCUGUAAUACUCAGAACAUCCUCACUGCUGCAAUCUUGGAGAAAUCAUCACAUCUGGUGCCAGGCAGCAGUAAUAAAGAACUAGCCACCACUGUUUCUAGCAAGUCCCCACUCUCUGCUACUGAAACUCUUCCAAGUGCAUCCAGCACUCUAGGCCAAAGUGAGUGUCCUGCUCAGGCACCCCAGAAGCCCCAGUAUGAGCUUCCAGUGCAGGCACCAGCUGAUUCUGUGUACGAGAGUAACAUCAGCAUGCAUAGCAGGGCUUCUUCUCCAGCUGCUGAGGAGCCAGAUGACAACCUGCCCUCUUCCACAGUUCCUGAGACUGAAACCACAAACCUCAAAGCAGGUCGAGAACAGUGCCUCUCCUCACCCCCCACACCGGAUCCUAUUUGCACAGCUCCAGCACUUAAAAACCCUCCCGACAAGAGCUCCACCUCUCGGCCCAAAUCUCAGCUCAACAGCACCCUCACCAUGUCAUCCUCAGAAAAAGCCUCCACAUCCAAGCACUGGAGCGUAGGCAUUCCAACAUCACUGCGGGAGAUAUUAGAAAAGAAAGAUGAUGCUCCAGCUAGUGAGGUAGAGGGUGUGUCCACUAAAGAGGCUCUCUCAGCAUCUGAUGCUGAACACACAUCUUCAUCUACACAAACCUUAAAGAUUGAUGGUGCGGAGUUUAUUAGUGAUUUUGGACCAGUGGAAGAAGAAGAAGACGGAAUAAAUGAGUGGGAAUUCGAAUUACCAGAAGACUACAAUGAGUCACUGCAGUGGACUUUUGCCUCAGAAUCAACUGUGCCUCAGUCUCUCAGUGUUUCCUCCGGCCAGACAGAGGAAAUCGUACUUCAGGAAACCCAAGAGGAACAGCCAAUCCAGAGGCGGCUCAGGACCACUUCACAGUCUAGUUCCUCUGACUGCCCCCCACUCAGUGAACUGCGGAACUGUGCUGUCUGUCAGUCUGUUGGAGCCACAAUGAUUUGUGCAGAAUGUGGCAGAGGCUUUCAUGCUCACUGCCAUGUGCCACCAAUCCUCUCCAGACCAACUCAGGCGUGGAUGUGUAUGUUAUGUCAGGAUGUGUUUAAUGACAUUGACCCAUUCAGUCAUGAUAGACUGAAGGAGCCCUACCUCAGUCUACAGGACCAGAUGAAGUGUGAGCAGCUCUUGCUGACUGUGAUGUGUGACGAGCACAGCUACCUGCUCUACAAAUCAUCUAAGCGCACUGCAGGAUAUGUGGAGUUUGAGUUUAUUCGGGGACGACUGCUGGGAAAGCGGACUCCUCCGUAUCGCUCGGCAGCUGAGCUGGUCUCAGAUCUCUGGGCUCUUUUUGACGGCUUGUCAGUAAACUCCAAGAAGAGAGACUUGGUCAUCAAGCUUCAGAACUCGUUUAGAGAGCGGCUGGAUGUAACAUUUGGAAAAUGCCUCCAUGCUUCUCUCCUGAGGACUCUCAGUAGUGAACAGAAGGUGGCGCCAGAGCCUAAGCUGGACAAAGAAAAGGCCAAAAGCACUCUUAAGAGGAUGAGGGAUUUUUUAGCUGAAAACUCUGCCUUUGUGCCAAAGAGGCCACGCACUGAGAGAUCCAGCGAGAGCUCCAAUACGUUUCAAAUCACUGAAGACUAAAUGUUUAAUUGUACUUAUGAGUACAUCAUAUCUGUGUGACAGACUGUAAGCAGUAUUCUUAUUUUUUGUACCUUGCUAGUAUUAUUUCUUUCAUAACUUAAUUUUGAUUAAAGACACUAGUAUUAAAAGA